AUGAGUGCUCCCUUGGAAAUGGAUGAAGUUAUGGAUCAAUUUCGUACGGAAGAUGCGGAAGAAUUUAAACAAUUACAAGCAGAAUUGGAAAUGGCCGCCAAAAAUUGUCGAAUAUUACAAUUUAAACUACGAAAGUCUGAGAAAAAAAAUGAAAAUAUGGAACUCGAAAAAGGAACAUUAGAAGACAAAUUGUUACAGUUAACACGUGAUACUUGUCGUGUAAAAGAUUUAGAAGAAGAAUUAUUAGUGGCAAAAGAAGUGAGUGUUCGUUUACAUGCUGAAUUAGAAAAGUCCGAAGAGGCACGAACAACAACAGAAAAAUUAAAUAUGGCAUUAAAACAACAUUUAGAUUCACUAAAAGAAUGUCUAGAUGAAAAAGUAUUGGAAACAUCUGGUAGUUCAAAUGAUGAUUAUAACUCUUGGCAAUUAGCUGUUAAUUUGUAUGAAUCAUUAUUUCGAGAAUAUGUCCUUAUGGAAGAAGUAAAUUGGCUGAGUAAUUCUGGACGCCAAACAUCUGAUACUAGUCAACAAUUAUCGGAAAUAUCAGAUCUUCUUAAUUCUUACCAACAAAAAAUUUCUUUACUUCAUCAAGAAAUUACAUUUCUUAAACAAGAACUCUCAGAUCGUGAUAAAGAUUUGUCAGUAUUGAGAGUACAAUAUAAAAUUUUAAAACGUAGUCGAUCAGCUGAAAGUCAUUCAGUAGAAUCUUUAAAUCAAAAUUCUAAUAAUGGUAGAGGAAAACAGCGAGGUAUGAAUGGUAUCAAUGGUGAAAAUGGUGAUGAUCAUCGUUCACGACGAGGUGUCAGUGUUGAUAGUGCAUCUAAUAUACAAAAACAGUUAGAAUCAGCAGAGGAUGAAAUAAGAUUACUAAAAAAUAAAAUGUUAAGAUUAGAAGAUGAAUUGAAUAAUUCAUUGCUUGAAAAAGAAAGUUUAUUGUUGAAAGUUGAAGAAUCAGCUAAAAGUAGUAAAGAAGAUAUCACUGAAGAUAUUCAAAUGUUUAUAACGAAAAUUGAAUCACUAGGCACACUAUUAAAAGUGAAUCAAACCGAUGAGAAAAUAAUAGUUGAUUUACAACAGUUAUUAAGAACAACAAGAUGGAAUAAACAAAAUCCGGAUGAUACAUCAAAUUCACUAUCAAAUGCCAUUAAAAUGAGUCAACAUUCAACUGAAAUUUUACAACAAGCAACUGAGUUCCUUUCCACUUUACAAUCAAAACAAGAUACAUUAGAAAAAAUUCGUUAUCGUUUAUCAAAUAUUCACUAUGAUGCAAACGAUACAUGUCAGUUAAUCGAAGAAUUAGAACAAACAAAACAAGAAUUUGAUACAAAACAACAACUUUGUCAAGAAUUGCAAAUUACAAUUGAACAGUUACAAACUAAUAUUGAAAACAUGACCAAACAACUGGAUAUUAAUACAACAGAGUAUGAGGAAAAAUUAAACCUUAAACAGCAAGAGACGAAUGAACAAAAAACGAAAACGACUGAAGUUAUUCAAGAAAAAACUAUUGAAAUUAAUGAAUUAAUGCAAGAUCGUGAGCGUCUACAAACAAUAAAUGUCAAACUCAGUCAUGAUGCAUCCGACAUGAAGAAACAGCUUGAUCAAAUGAAACAAUCAAUAUUAACAUUCGAAAAGAAACUCGAUAUCAAACAACAACGUGUAAAUGAAUUGUCGAUUAAAAUCAUUGAGAAAGAAGAUAUUAUUGAAACAAAGGUAAAAGAAUGUCAAAAACAUCGAUUAGAAUUGAGAGAAUUGGAAUCAAAAUAUUACAAUUUGGGAAAAGAAUUGGAAAUACAAAUAACAACAAUGACAAAAGAAAUAGAAAAAUUAAAUAUUGAAAAAGAAAUGUUAAAAUUUGAUUUGGAGUCAGUUAGAAUUAGUACAGCACACAAUCACCAACAAACUCAACAUUUAAUACACUUAAAAGAGGAUAAACACUCAUCCGAAAAUGAUGAAAUUUUACGCGUCAAAGAAGAAUGUCGACAAGCAUUAUUUGAUACGGAAAUCGAAUCUUAUAAAACUCGUAUAAAUCAAUUAACGAAAGAAAAAGAUGAAUUAGAUUUAACAAUUCAUGAUAUGGAACGAAAAUUCAAAGAAUUACAGCAAAAAUACGACGCUAAUGAACAAUCAUGGAAUCGAUCGAAAACGGAUAUGUUUGAUAAACAACGAAAGCAUGAAGAAAGUAUUAAAAUGCGUAAUGAGUUACAGAACGCUGUUGAUCGUUUACGUCAGAAAUUAUAUGAUAUUGAAAAUCAUUCUCAAGAUAAACAAAAUCGAUACACAAUAGACAAAAAUAAUUGGGAGUUACAAAAAUUAGAAUAUCAGAGUAAAAUUAAUGAGCUUGAAGAACAGUUAAGUAAAGUGACAAAACGUCAACGAAAAGAUUUGGAAACAGCCUGGAAAAAAGAACGAACAGAUUUACAUAAAUCGUUACAACAAACACAACAACUGUGCAAAGAUUUACAAAAACAAAUUAGUAAUAAAGAAGCUCCAAUCCAUUUAACAGAAAAAAUUAAUGUUUUAAUGACAGAAAAUGAAUUAUUAACGAACAAGAUAAAAGAGCUUGAAGUUGUCGUAGUUGAUGUGGAAUUCGUGAAAACUGAAGUUGAACGUUUGCGUGAUAAAAAUUCAUCAGAUUGGCACUAUUGGAGGAAACAACAAAAUGAUCUGUAUGAACAAUUGAGACUACAUGAACGAACAAAAAAUGAAAUUUUAAGCAAAUUUGAUAAACUAUAUAAACAAACGAAAUAUUCUGAGAACAAUGAAGGCGAUAACUCUGAUCGUUUAAUUCGUGAACAAAGUUUACCAUUAUCACUGAAUAGUUUUCAACCGUCUAAAAGUUCGUUGGGUGAAGGUGGUGAUCAUGCAAAAGCUUCAUCAAUAUCAAAUUCAAAUUAUAGUCGUGAAACGUUGGCAGAUGGGGAUAAUUCUAGUCAUAUCUUAGAUUAUGUGGCACAUUUUACGCAGUCUCCAAAUGAACGGGAUAGUUAUCGAGACAUUGUUGGUCAUAUUGAUGAUGAAGUACAUAGUAGCACAAAACAAAAAUUAUUUUCAAAAGCUUAUCAAGCACAAGAAAAUAUUUGCAAUAGUUUAGAAGAAAUUGCAAGUAAAAUUGAUAAAGUGGAAGAAAAUCUGUUUUCAUAUCGAAGAUUUAUGGAUUUUAUACAAAUUCGAGCUAAAUCCGAAAAAAGUUCAAGUGUCGUACGAGACGAUAGUUUUAAUGAUUUAUCCGGUAAUUAUCACAACACCAAUAAUAACAAACAACGUUUAGCAUCUGCACCACCCGAAAACAACACCAACAAUGGAGUAGGACGUCGUUCACGUUUCGAUCGAUCAGGCGAUCACCAUCAACAACAAGAUUCUCUAUCGUCAAAUGAAAUGACAAAUUCCACUAUUGUCAAUGGUUCUUCAGCUGCGCCUGGAAAAAAUCGUUUCUUUUCCCUAAGUCGACGUUUUCGUUUUCGUAUCGGAUCACCAGAUCCUUCAUCCGUUAAAUCCACUUGUUCUCAUGGAAACAAUGUUCAUUUUCUCGAUGAAGACAUCGACAUGGAAGAUCCUCAACAUCCAAUUACGAAAAAAGAUAAAGAAGCACGACCUUCAAAGGGUAUUUUAAAAACAUUACGACAUCGUUCACCAUUUCGCUUUCGAUCAAAAGAUGCAAUUAUCACGGAACAAGAAAUUUCAAAUCCAGUAACAGAAAAAGUACAGGACAUUUCUUCAGAAUCAAAGCCGUUAGCUUCAAGUAAACUCAAGUCAACACCUAUAACAACAACAACGCCAAAAAAUAAGCGUUUAGUCGAAUUAAAACCUCCUUCAGUAAGUACAACACCUAAUGCAAAAACAGUUAAAACAAAAACAGCAGCAACAAACGGUACGUCGAAUUCAAAAACUAACAAUAAAGAUGAGACAGAUGAACAUCGUCAUUCGUCUAAUACGAGUUUACUACGUCGUACCUCUGGUCUCAAGGAUUUGAUUUGUAAAUUCGAAAAAUCUGAAGAUGGUUCAACAAAACCUCCAAAACCAAAACGUGUUACCAUCGAUAUUAAUGUGAAAGAUUGUGAGCAAAAAUUACCUGUUACAGUAAAAAAAGCUGUUAGUUAUACUGAUUUGCAAAACGGUGGUGAAGGUGAGCGACAAGAAGAACGUCAGCGUGCUCCACCUCUAGCAACUAAAGCAAAAACAAUCGAUAUCCCAGAUCUUUUGCGGAAUGUUGAAAAAGAGCAUACGUUAAAAUCAGGAACGGCGAUGGCAACGUUAGAUAGUAAACUCUCAGCAUCAAAAACGUCAGUCAAUCGACAACAUUCAAUAAAUUCGAGUAGACAAACAUCAUUCGACUCAGCUUGUUCGCAGAGUAAUGUUAGUGAAGCAGGAGGAACGACUUAUGAGCGAAGAAAAUGUACAUCAACAGCAAGACCCUUAAUGUUAUCAGUUGUAAGUAUAUUGAAUGAUGUUGACUUAAAUGGAUAG